AUGGAUCUGCACUGUAUAGGGAGGGCCCCUCCUUGUCUACCCCCGCAAUUAACAAAGCAACGCCAAACGGACGGCUCAUCGUCUUCUUACGCCGCCCAGAACCCACAUCUGCAGCAGCAGCAGCAGCAGCAGCAGCAACAGCAGCAGCAGCAGCAGCAACAGCAGCAGCAGCAGCAGAACAGCAACAGCAGCAGCAGCAGCAGCAGCAGCAGCGGCAGCAGCAGCAAAAGGAAAAGCGCCAAUGUGAUCGCAGAAAAAACCAUAACGGCAGCAAUAGUGAGUAGCAGUAGCAGCAGCAACAGCAACAGCAGCAAAAGCAAAGGAAGUAACAGCAGCAGCACCAGGAGCAGUAGCAGAGAAUGCAACAGGAGCAGCAGCAGCAGCAGCAGCAGCAGCAGAAAGAGCAGACAGCAACAGCAGCAUAACGAAAGCUGCAGCACGACCAGCAGCAAAAACAGGAGAAACAGCAGCAGCAGAAGCAGCAGCAGCAGCAACACCGCAUGCUGA